AUGGCACUACCGUUGCGCAACAAAGUCGCCAUCGUGACGGGCGGUUCGCGUGGUAUUGGGGCUGCUAUUGCCAUCGAGCUUGCCAAAAGAGGCGCAAAUGUCGUCAUCACGUAUGUCUCGGAGAAAAGCCAAGGUCUAGCAGCGGAGGUGGUCGAGCGUAUCAACGCUCUAGAGAACGCGACGCGCGCCAUCGCUGUUCAGGCGGACGUCUCCUCGACCGAGACCCCCCAGCAAGUCGUCGAUGCCACGGUUGCGGCCUUUGGAGAGCACAUCGACAUCCUCGUCAACAACGCCGGGGUGACCUCCAAGCUCGCCGUGUCGCAAGUCACACCCGCGGACUUCCAGGAAAGUAUAAACGUUAACCUUCGCGGGCCUUUCUUCAUGGCGCAAGCCGUGAUUCCGCAUCUUCGCCGUCCGGGGCGCAUCAUCAACAUCACCUCCGUCGCAGCGCGCGGCGGCUACGCUUCUGCGAGCCUGUACCUCUCCUCGAAAGCCGGCCUGGAGGGUCUAACACGCGCCUUGGCUGCGGAGCUGGGCCCGGCGGGUCACACUGUCAACACCGUUGAGCCCGGUGUCACCGAGACGGAUAUGGCUUCCGACUCUGGGGCGUCUGACGCUCACGGCCAGUACGUCAAGAUGAUUGUUUCUAUGACGCCAUUUGAGAACAGGAUGGGGAAGCCAGAAGACGUUGCCUCGGUUGUUGCCAUGCUCGCCGAGCCUCAGGCGAAUUGGGUGACGGGGCAGACCAUAUCAGCUUCUGGAGGCUUCUCUAUGAUUUGA